AUGUCAAACCGCAUUUCCACUACAACAAAUAAUCCAGCAGCAGUAGCAGCUGCUCAAGCAUCACAUAGUAAUCCAAUAAUAUCAUCGUCCAAACAAAACUCUGCCUUGGGAGGAAUGAAUCAACACCACCUUCAUUCUAGCAAUAAUAUAAUCAACAGUAACAACAAGAACAAUAUGGUUAACAACAAUCUUACCUCUUCUUCUGCUUCGCACCAAGCAGCAAAUGCAGCAAGCAACUCCAACUCAUCAGUAGUUGGGUUACACUACAAGAUUGGGAAAAAAAUUGGCGAAGGCUCAUUUGGUGUCAUCUUUGAAGGUACAAACAUCAUCAAUGGUGUUCCUGUAGGUAUCAAAUUUGAACCCAGAAAGACCGAAGCACCACAAUUGCGAGACGAGUAUAGAACUUAUAAGCAUUUGCAAGGAUGUCCUGGUAUCCCCAAUGCAUAUUAUUUUGGUCAAGAAGGGUUGCACAAUAUCUUGGUGAUUGACUUGUUAGGACCUUCAUUGGAGGAUCUAUUUGAUUGGUGUGGAAGAAGAUUCUCAGUCAAGACCGUUGUUCAAGUUGCCAUUCAAAUGAUCACAUUAGUUGAAGAAGUCCAUCGUCACGAUUUGAUUUAUAGAGACAUUAAGCCUGAUAAUUUCCUUAUUGGACGCCAAGGGAUGCCGGAUGAAAACAAUGUCCACUUGAUUGAUUUUGGAAUGGCCAAACAAUAUAGAGACCCAAGAACGAAACAGCACAUACCAUAUAGAGAAAAGAAGUCAUUGAGCGGAACCGCACGUUAUAUGUCCAUCAACACGCACUUGGGUAGAGAGCAAUCAAGAAGAGACGACUUGGAAGCCUUGGGGCAUGUGUUUUUCUAUUUUCUCAGAGGACAAUUACCAUGGCAAGGUUUAAAAGCGCCAACCAACAAACAAAAGUAUGAGAAGAUUGGCGACAAAAAGAGAACCACACCAGCAGUGACGCUUUGUGACGGCUUGCCCAACCAAUUUGCAGAAUACUUGGACUCGGUCAGAUCAUUGCCAUUUGAUGCAGAGCCACCGUAUGAAGAGUAUAGAAUGUUGCUUGUGUCUAUUUUGGAUGACUUGGGUCAAAGCUGUGACGGAGAUUAUGACUGGAUGCAUUUGAACGGCGGUAAGGGCUGGGAUGCUUCAAUCAAUAAAAAGCCAAACUUGCACGGUUACGGCCAUCCAAAUCCACCGAAUGAGCGCGAAAGAAGACACCGUGAUCAAAAGAGGAGCAGACAACAACAACAACAACAACAAGCUCAACAAGCUCAACAGUCGCAGCAACAAUUGUCGGCUGCGCAAUUGCACCAACAAAAAUUACAACAUUUGGUCAAUAGACCAUUACCACCAAUUAAACAAGAGUCUAUGAGUGGUGGCGGACAAAACGAUUUUUUGAAUGGCGGUGUUGGCGCAGUAGGAACCACCGGAGGAUUGGACCAAGGUGGUAAAUACGAGGGAUAUAACAUGAACAAUUACCCACAACAGCAACAACAACAUCAUCAGCAACAACAACAGUACGACGAAGAUGCGGAAGAAAGUAAAGGCUUUUUCUCAAAGUUGUGUUGUCAUUGA